CCACGAUCAACGUCAUAUAUUAAGUGUUUCUCGAUAACUUCGCGGUGCUUGCAAUCAUGUCCUCGCAAGGAAUGAUGGAUGCGGCCCUCAGUGGCCGCAAAACUGGAUAUUUUGCCAACAGUGGAAUGGUUACUCUCAAUUUGAUUCUUGUCCUGUCGCUCAUUUCCUCGUACGCGACUGGUUAUGAUGGUUCUAUGAUGAAUGGACUGCAAACACUGGACACGUGGAAAGCUUUCUUCAAUAAUCCUGGCGCAAGCUCGCUUGCCUUGUUGAAUGCCAUUCAGAAUGUUGGACAGCUUGUCGCGCUCCCGUUUUGCGCCAUUGCCUGCGAUAAGUUUGGCCGUCGAGCAACUCUUGUGUUUGGUGCCGCAAUAAUGCUUGUCGGGACCAUUCUUCAAGGUGCCGCGAAAAACACUGGAAUGUUUAUCGCUGCUCGUGGUCUCCUAGGAUUCGGCCUUGCCUUCAAUAUCACCGCAGCUCCACUUCUAAUUCUGGAGCUGGCGUUCCCAACUCAACGAGCACCUUUGGUCAGUAUUUACAACGCACUCUGGUCCCUGGGAGCCAUCGCCGCUGCUUGGAUCACAUACGGUACUUUCAGACUCAACAACGAUUGGGGUUGGAGAAUCCCUUCUUAUCUUCAAGGACUCUCUAGCAUCAUUCAGAUUUGCGCCUGCUACUUCAUCGAGGAGAGUCCACGUUGGCUGGUGAACAACGACAGGGAAGAUAAGGCGAAAGAUCUUAUCGUCAAAUAUCACACCAAUGGCGAUGCAAAUGACUAUAUGGUUCUUGUCGAGCUGGAAGAGAUCCGGGAAGCCCUGCGCUUGGAGAAAGAGGCGCUAGAGACGACAUCCUACAUGUCGUUCUUCAAGACUAAGGGUAAUAGGCAUCGAUUCGUCAUCAUUCUGGCUGUGGGCUUCUUCUCGCAGUGGUCCGGCAAUGGAUUGAUUUCGUACUACCUGACCCUCAUCCUGGACUCUAUCGGCUACACAUCACAGGAAGAGCAGACUCUCAUCAACGGCAUUCUCACAAUCUGGAAUCUGGUCAUGACGUUGAUAUUUUCGCUUCUGGUCAACAGAUUUGGACGGCGUCUCAUGUUCCUGACUUCCACAAUCGGCAUGUUGAUUACAUAUAUCAUCUGGACUGCUCUCAUGGCAUCAUAUGAGAAAUCUACGAAUCUGGAAGGCGCAGGUGCGAAGGGACUUGCGAAGGGUGUACUGGCCAUGAUCUUCCUUUACAACAUGGCAUUCAGCAUCGGAUGGGGACCUUUGCAAGUCACCUAUGUCGUCGAAAUCCUUCCGUACCACCUUCGAGCUCGAGGUCUCGUGCUUUACAAUCUCUUCGUGGCGAUGGCUCUCAUCUUCAACCAAUAUGCGAAUCCUGUUGGUGUCACGAACAUAAAAUGGAAAUACUAUAUCGUGUACGAUGUAUGGCUCUUUGUUGAGCUGCUCGUAGUUUACUUCCUCUUCGUUGAGACUCGCGGCGCUUCACUUGAAGAGACUGCAGCAAUUUUGGACGGAGUGGAGAUCCAGCAGCAGUUUGUUGAAGGCGUUACAAGAGCGACUGAGAAGGACGGGAAGUCGCAAGUUGUGUUGGAGGUUCGGAGUGCUGAAGGUGGUGAUAAAACGGGGAGAGAUAUCAGGCAGUAGAGCUUCCAUGACGUCGG